GCUGGAGUCACGGUCAUGGCCGCCCGAGCUCGCGGGUCCGCGCGCGCGCUGCUCACCGCCCUGCUGGCGGCGCUGGUGGCGCUGCUGGUGACGCCGGCGGGGGGCCGGGGCGGCCGGGAUCACGGGGACUGGGACGCCUCCGCGCUGCUGCCACCGCUGCCGCCCCGCGAGGACGCGGCGCGCGUGGCCCGCUUCGUGACGCACGUCUGCGACUGGGGCGCACUGGCCACCCUCUCCACGGAGCCGGCGGUGCGCGGCUGGGCCUUCGCCGACAUCCUCUCGCUCAGCGACGGGCCCCCGGGCGCGGGCAGCGGCGUGCCCUACUUCUACCUGAGCCCCAUGCAGCAGUCCGUGGGCAACCUGCAGGAGAAUCCACAUGCUUCGCUGACCAUGUCUUUGGCACAGACUAACUUCUGCAGGAAGCAGGGAUUUGACCCCCAAAGUCCCCUCUGUGCUCACAUCAUACUGUCAGGAACUGUUACCAAGGUGAAUCAGACGGAAAUGGGCUUUGCCAAGCAGUCACUGUUUGUCCGACACCCUGAGAUGAAAACCUGGCCGUCCAGCCAUAAUUGGUUCUUUGCCAAGUUGAAUAUAAGCAACAUCUGGGUCGUGGACUACUUUGGUGGACCCAAAAUAGUGACACCCGAGGAAUAUUACAAUGUCACAUUUCAGUAA